AUGCAGGGGGAGUGGGCAGCGCGCCUGACGAACCCACAUGUGGUCACUGAUUCAGGUCCCUUGUUGGCUCCGCUGCCCAUUGAAGCACAAGGCACGACAUUGCAAGACGCCAUUGACAGUUGGUCCAUGCAGCACUCCAUUCAUGCUCUGACACGGCAUAGUGGGAUUGUGCUGCUCCAGCUGAAGCGUUACUACUUUCAUGCAGGCUCUGCUGUCAAAAAUCGUGAGCCUGUCCUGAUUGAGCCGGGCCGACUUGUGACCCUACCUGUUUUCCGCUAUGACAGCGGGACUGAAAUCGAGCAGCAGCAGUUUCGGGUAAUCUGUGUCAUUUUCCAUUUAGGGGAUUCGAGUGGUCACUACCAGACUGCAUUGAGCUACUGUGCACAAUCAGUGUCGCUGGGCGCUGCUGCUGACGUGUCUUGUGCUCCAUGGGAGUACCGAAUUUGCGAUGAUAGACGGAGACCCAGAAGGGCCAAGGCGGCUGAUAAUCAGUGCAUCAAUCACAAUGCUUACCUUAUAGGUCACUGGCCUGCUUGCUCGCAGCUGUAUCUGCUCUGUGCCCUCGGGCUAUGCGACUUCCCUGUUACCACUGGUGCUGCCCUGUCGGGGCCUUGCAGUGCCGGUGUACCUUUCUGGAUGCUGCUUUGGGCAGUUGUAGUGUCUGCCUCACCUAAUUGGUUGUUUGCAGUGACUGGCCCAAGCACAGGCAUGGCGUUUGCAGUGCAACUUCCCAAGUGCAUAUAUGUGGAGAUGCUAGAAGAAUGGCUUCUGCUGCAGGCGUACUCUGGUCUCUGGCGGGAGAGGGGACAUGGCUCCUUGCCACCCGCGCUCUCCAUGGCAGUGCGUAAUGACAUCAUUCAUGCUGCCGUCAGUGCGCUGGAGCCAGAGAUUUGUGCUGCCUUCCUGGACUAUGCUGAGAGGCUGCAAAGUGAGCUACCGCGGUAUACCGAAACCUCCUUUCCGCAGCCAUGCACGCUGCCCUCCCAGCCGUCUUCAGCGGAAUGCCUUGCACAUGCGUUGCUGGGGCAAGGACAUGGCUUAGUCUGGACAGGUGCCAGGCAGGUUGCAGCCGAGCUCUCGUACCAGACCGUUCACCGGGCCAUUGGCACUCACCUUUCCUUCAGUGUCGGAGCCUAUGGACAUCGUAGCUUCGUUGGGCUGUUGAAACAGACGGGAAAACAUCAAUCUGUCUGUCGACUGCUGAAUGCUCUGGUCACGCAGAUUUAUCCGGCACAUGUUUGGACCACAGUCACGGUGAAUGUGGAUCUGCAGGCGCCGACGCACAUUGAUGUGGCAAAUGCUCCAUAUGCCAGCCUGUUGUUGGGGCUGUCACAUUUUGAUGAUGGUGAACUCUGGGCGGAGCAUGAGUCAGGUGCGGUCUACCAUGAGCAUGGUGGUCGACUUGUACCUGGAUGUAUGCAUCAGGUCAGUGGUGCAGCCCUGCUGUUGAAUGCGCAUAACACCACUCAUGCGGUUCAGCCUGGUGCCAAUGGCAAUCGCUUCACGCUGGUGGCGCAUACCGUCGGGCAGCACGCCGGCGGGCGCUUGUGCACCAAAUUGACCGUGACGUUGCCUGCCUUUGCAAAAGCCUUUCACAGCAGGUCCACUUGCGGCGAAGAACGAGACGAGUCGGGUGGGUCCCCGGCUCUUCUGCUGGCGACCCACAUGUUGCUCUGGCUGCGAUUCCUUUUCCAGAGGCAGGACAAUGACGCACAACUGCACCUUCACCCGUGGAUGGAACAGAUGCCAACGAUGGGUACUGCUGGCAAUGCUGCUGCACGUGCUGGAAUGAUGUCUGCGGGCUCCAAUGAUCUCACAUUGAACAGUGAGAGGCCAUCUGCUUCAGGCUCUGGUUCUGCUCAGGUGAUUGUCAUUUCUGAUUCUGAGCAGUCGGAAGCGUCCAGUGAUGCACCUUUGGCGCCGGCGGAGUUGUCUGCUGCUACAAUGCUACAGGGAAAGUCGACAGAGGAUGCAUCCACUCAACAGGCAGCAUCAGAGGGAGUCAGUGCUGAUGAUUUUCAUAUUCCAGAUUCCACGGAGCAUUUGUUAU